CAAGGUUCCGCGCUGCAGGGCGGUAACUCAGCUCUCCCUGCGCUCCCUCCCCGUGCACACGCGGCUCCGCCGCGCUUGGCUCGUCCCGGGGCUCCGGGUCGAGAUGGCGCUCAUUGCGGCCACCAACUUCGGACUUGGCCUCCUGGUCCUGUUUGUGCUGUCCGACUGCACCUGCGGGGAGCGAGGCGGAGGUGAGUUCCUGGGCGCGGCGCGCGAGAAGACAGAUGCUCUUUCUCCUGCCUUUGAAUUCCCCAUCACACCAAAGCCCAAUCCUGGACAAGCAUGGUGUGAGAUUCGAGGCAAGGUCAAUGGAAACACGUUUCUGUAUUACGCCUGUGGGAACAAGAAGGUCGAAGUCUUUGGUCCUCUGGGGAGGAAUGUGAAUGACAUAGUGUUUUGGGAGAGACAGACCGAAACUCUGAAAGACCUGGCAGAAGAGCUCAAGAAGAAACUACUUGACUGGAAAGCAGCGGAUUUUACACCCAGUGAUUCUGUCUCCCUGCAGGGCAGGAUGGUGUGUGUGCGUGGGGACAACGGACGCACCAGCGGAUCCUGGGAGUUUCACAUCAAUGAACAGAUAUCCUACUUCUUUAACUCAGAGAGUGGAAAUUGGACACUUCGUCCUAGAGGCCGACAGAUAAAGGCCUCAUGGGAGAGUGACAGAGAUUUGACCAAUUCCCUCAUGAAGAUCUCAGUUGGAGAUUGUAACAAGUGGCUUGAGCGAAUAUUGAUGCACUGGGAUGAACUGUGGGAGACAACAGGUAACUCAGAAGACUGGAUGAAGUUGUUCUCUUGAAAUCGGGCCUACCUUCUCCACUGUAGUGUGCGUGUGUGUGUGUGUGUGUGUGUGAGAGAGAGAGAGAGAGAGAGAGAGAGAGAGAGAGAGACAGAAACAGAGCCAGAGGUGAUCCAUCCAUGGUGAACUUCUUUUGGGGAGAGUAAUGGCCACAGAUAUGUUCUAGCAUCCUUCCUUUCCCUUCUCAUCUCCUGAAAUCUCUCCCUUGCUGCAUGUGCUUUAGUUUUCUGGGAUUUCUUGGAUUCCCUCUUGGCCCCAAACAUGAGGGUGUCAGUCUGAUUCCAGAGAUUCCUUCUCGCUCUUCCCUUUUCUGAGAAUCAUUGAUCUUCUCAUCUCAUCUCGUCUCUGGCCGGGGAUCAUUCCUGGCCACGUGCACUGUUAGCUCCAGAGAGGGGGUCAACUGUCACCACCCUCGUGCUCCAUGACCACCUCUUCUGCCACAGCAGGAGUGACCAGUUAUGUUGGAACCCGUGCUUCCCCCUUUAGCUGUGCGAGGUCCUUCGGGACAGGUCCCGUGUCUUUCCUCGGUUCCCGCCCCAGAACCUGUCACAGCAGCUGCCACAAUGUAGAGUGACAGAAAGCAUCUGCAGUGUGGGAUCAUCUGUGGCAGGAGGAGCAGAGGGGGUAUCUCUUCCGAUUUAAGUCUGAAACAAGAUUUGGGGUCUGAAACCCUCUUGUGUUUCCAUUUCGGCCCCGCCAGGCUCGCAGCAAGUCACGGCCCAGUCCGGGGCCAUGGCCCUCAGACCCAUCACCUGGAUCCUCCCUGUGAUUCUCAGCCGCUUAAUCAUAAUUGGCAUCCAGGUAGAGUCUUUUAGAGUGACAGGUACUGAGAGGAGAUGGAGCGGGAAGGGAGGGGCAAAAGGCCUGGUGUGAGGACAGGGACAGGUGACUCCCCCACUCGACCCUGCCCACUCACUGAACCUUGUCAUCACAGAAGUGAGACGAGGUGAUGAGUUCCCCUGUCAGUUGUUAGCAGUAAUGUGGACAAGCUCAGCCCUGAGUUGUCAUAAGGCCUCACUGUUAAGGCCGCUGGGAAAGGGGAGGGGCCCCCCAAUGCAUAAGGCCUGUUGACGCUAAGGAGAUCUACCAAGGUCAGGCCUGACUCAGACCUGAUUCCAGAUUGAAGAGAGUCAUUUUGGCCCAGUGCGGGUGGUGUGCGGGGAGAGGGACGCACAGCUUGGGCAGUACUCACAUUGGAGCACGAGAGGCGUGGUGGCUCCACGUGAUGUCUCAGGCGAGGCGACUCCAUCCAGGGGCCUACGAGGAGAGGCACCAGUGUCUGUUCCGGGGGAGGGAGUGGGAAGGCCGGGCAGAGGCAACUCAAAAGCCUGGAGUUGAGUGCUGUGUUCCCCCAGACAGUGGCUUGGGUCUUAGCAUGUGAGGCAGAAAGUGAACAGUGGAGACUGUGCGUGGCAAGAUGUAGAAGCGUGGGGAAUCCGGCUCAGGCUGCUGCAAGGCACUGGCAGCUCGCUUCCUGUAGACCUCAGAUCCGGAGCCACUGAGCACCCCUGCUUGGAGCAGAGCUGACCCGGGAGAUGGGGGGACAGAGCUGGCCCGGGAGAUGGGGGGGCAGAGCUGACCCGGGAGAUGGGGGGACAGAGCUGACCCGGGAGAUGGGGGGGCAGAGCUGACCCGGGAGAUGGGGGGGCAGAGCUGACCCGGGA